AUGGGCAAUCUGCGUCGGUUCCUCCUCUCCCAUGUCUUUAUGUCUUCUCACACCACCUUGGAGCAGGAGGAGCAUUGUGUUAGCCUGUUCACCUCUCAGUUCCGCAGGCUUUCCUGUCUCCAGGAGCUGUAUUUGCAUGAUGUCUCCAUCCUCAAAGGCCGCAUGGACCAGAUCCUCAGCUGCCUGAAGACCCCCUUGGAGACUCUGUCCAUCACUAGCUGCAUGCUCUUAGAAAGUGACUUGAGAUAUCUCUCCCAGCAUCUGAAUGUCAGCCAGCUUAAAGUCCUGAAUUUAUGGAGGCUCAACCUGACCAACAUUCGUUCUGGGCCCCUCCAAUUGCUGUUAGAGAGAGCCUCCCCCACCUUGCAGGACUUGUACUUGGAUGACUGUGGGAUCAUGGACUCCCAGUUAAAGGAUCUCCUGCCUGCCCUGAGCCACUGCUCUCAGCUCAUGACCCUAAGCUUCUGUGAAAACACCAUCUCCAUGACCGUCCAGAAGGACCUGCUUCGCCACACAAUCAGGCUGAGUAAGCUGAAUUGUAUGCUGUAUCCUGCCCCCCUGGAGAGUUACGAGGAAAAGAGCAACAACAUCAUCGACCUGGGCCUACUUGCCCAGGUGCAUGCGGGGCUGAAGCAUAUGCUGCAGGAGUUGGGGCACCCAGGCAUGUUCUAG